AUGGGAAUAUUACUGAAACGAAAAAAGCAUUUAGACUCAGACAACGACAACCACGUCCCCAAUUCACCCACAUCAAACAAAAGCAACAGCGACCUAAAUAAAACAGGAAGCAGGAAACGACACCGAUUCAGUGACUUAUUUUCCCAUCGUUCACCUCGUGGCUCAUUAGAUAGCGCUUCAAUUAACUCCGGUCCAUCUAUAUUGCGCAUGUCACUGAAAACUAGAACCGCACAUAGGCUUUCCUCGCCCACUAGACCAUAUAAUGAUAGUUUUGCACUGCCAUCAAUACCUAGACCAACUUCACCAUCGUUACCACCACCCCCACGACAACAACAACAGCCACAUCAUCAAUCAAGGCCGCAAGGUCCACCUCAAAUAAUUGCCCCUCUUGAUGAGGAAGACAACUCGCUAAGAGACUAUGGUGAAUAUGUUCAAGAUGCUUCUCAGGAUCCGGCAAUUGCUGUCAAUGUGACUCGACAGGACUCUCGAACAGGAACUCUUGGGUCGUCGAAGGGGUCGCAUCUACAAGCACCACCGCAUUCAGAUACUCAGAAUUCAGCUCAAUCGUCGUUGAAUAAUAUUAGUCCAACCAAGUCAUCGACAAAUGAUUCACAUACGAAAAAUGAAUCAGGUGGGUUUAUAUCAUCUCUACUUGCAGCUGCCAGUAACAAGAUGUCAACUUUGCAAGAUCCAGAUGAAAAGGAGAAAAAGAAGGACCAUCUGUUUGCAAACAGACUCGAUAACUUUAUUAAAUCAGUGAAACAUGAGGAGGAAAAUCUUCUCUCUCCAGGCCAUCAUCUGGACAGUACCUCCAUGGUAGCAAGCAAUAGUGGUAUACAGCGUGUUUCGACUGAUGGUGAACACGAUGCAGCACAAUCAGUUCAAUUCGAACCAGUUCGAGAAUCUCCUUUGAAUACAAUGGGGAAUGGUGAUCUAUCUCUUGCUGACUUUGAAAAUAGCCAAAUACAGGCUGUCAAAUCAAUAACUUCACAGCGAUCGAUCGAUGGUCCUGGAGGAGUCAAGCGUGCCAUGAGUCCUAGCCAACUCAACCGAAAUUUACCUCCAGGAAAUCAACUACAAGCAACUUCAAAUGGAAUGGAUGUCAAACGUGUGCAUAGAAUGUCAACAAAUGGUGGGCUGGUACCAGCGACAGAAAGACUGGUGUCGAAUGGAAGAGCGUCUGUGGCACAAUCUACUGUGACCAGCCCUAGUGGUACCGUGAAUGAAUCACAAGCACCAAAUAGAACAUUGGACCAGGAUCGAUUAGCUUAUGAGUCAGGAUCAGAAAAUGAGGAGCUCGACAAUGUAAUUGAUUACAACACAAAGAUUGAACAUGCACCAAAGAAACGCAAUAAAGAGUUUCAUCAUGCGUUUAAGAAGCUACCCAAGAGUGAAAGGUUGAUUGAUGACUUUAGUUGUGCGCUUUCAAAAGAUAUCCUUGUACAGGGAAAGAUGUACCUUAGUGAUCAUUAUGUGUGUUUUAACUCGAAUAUCCUUGGUUGGAUCAAACAUAUAAUUAUCCCUUUACAGGAAGUGAUUCAAAUUGAAAAGAAAUCCACAGCAGGGUUGUUUCCGAAUGGUAUGAUUAUCAAAACUCUUCAUCAAAGGUACACUUUUGCUAGUAUCAUAGGCCGUGUUUCAGCUUUCAAAUUAAUCACCAAUGUUUGGCAUCGUUUAUUACUAGAAAAAUCAAAUAUUGAUCCAAAACAAAUCGGCAAAAAGGCGCAAAGCUCUACCGCCAAUGGCGCCUCUGGAGUCCAAUCUGAUAGCGAUGACGGAAAUACAUCUGAUGAUGAGAAUCUGGGUGGAUCCGACGAUGAUGAUGAAACUUCAUUGGAUGAAGAAGGGGAGGAAGGGGUGACUAAAGGCAAUGGAGAUACACCAAAGUCAGAAGAGGGUAGUAGUGGUAAUGGUGGUAAUGGUGGCGGUGGUGGCGAUAGCUCUGGCGAUUCCAAUAGCGGGUUUAACGGGUUCCCCAUUGUUGGACCAGCAACGCACGCGCCAACUGAAACUGGGUACUCAAAAUCGUCCGAUGAGACAUUUAUUACAGAGGACAUUAUUAAAGCACCACCUGGUGUGGUCUAUUUACUAUUAUUCGGAUCUGAUACUUCCAAAUUUGUACGUGUACUCAAAGAUCAAAAAAAUUUUGAUGUUGAUGAAUCGGGUCUUCAUGGAUUAACUAAAGACAAUAAAAGUCGUCAUUAUACAUACAUAAAACCCUUGGGUGGGCCAAUUGGCCCCAAACAAACCAAAUGUCUUCUUGAUGAUGAUUUAAUUGAAUACAACCCAGAGAAAUUUUAUGAAAUUGUUCAAACUACCCAAACUCCCGAUGUUCCCAGCGGUAAUUCAUUUAAAGUCAAGACCAAGAUUUUCCUUAGUUGGGCACAAAACAAUCAAACCAAGAUUUGGGUUGUGUCAUCUAUUGAGUGGAGUGGCAAAUCAUGGAUCAAAGGAGCUAUUGAAAAGGGAACUAUUGAUGGACAAAAGGAUAGUAUGAAGGAUAUGAUUGAGACGUUGAAUACGAUUCUUGCUGAGGGUAAUAACAAGAAGGAUGGCGGUGCGACAAAGAGGAAGUCGACUAGGAGUAGACGUAAUACUGAAAAGAAGGAGAAACCAGAAGAAAAACCAGUUGAACUACCAAAAACUAUUCCGGAGCAAAUUAGUGCUUUGGCUAAGUCUAUUGGUGAUCUGGUUCCAAUUUCAAUUAUAGAUAGUACCAUAAUGGGAUUCAUCAUUAUGUUUUUCACAUUUCUUGUGGUUUACAUGAUAACCAACAAGUUCUUGUCGUUAUUUUCCCAUGGUGGAAGUAAAGAUAUUUCGAGAUCCAAAGUGUAUUGUGAUGCUGAGAGGGAGGUUUGGCAAUGGAUCAUUUCGCGAAGUGAGAAUAAGUUGGACAUGAUGGAUUCGUUGAAUUGCAGUCAUAAUUGA